CAAUCCGACGUCAGUUCCACACUGCAAACUGACUGUCGAGGGAUCGUCCUUCUCUCCUACGGUCGCGCUUUUCAACAUUUUUGACAGAUCAGUUCAGAUCACUCGGAAGCGGCGUCAGCGGCGCGUCGCCCGAUUUUUUUUUUAUUUAACGCGUCGGUGUGCGCGACGUUUUUCGGUGGUGUGUGUGUGUGCGUUGAUUGAAAUGGACCUGGUUGUGAUGUGUUUAGUACCACGCACCUUGGGGACCCAUGGGAUUUUCCUGCGAGGAUCAUAUGAUUCCUCUUAUUUUACGUUGGAUGGAAAAGCAAUCGACUUCGGCCUGACUGCGGAACAAUUCACUUCAGCCAAGUGACGGAAUUUAGUGUGUACUGUGCCCAGGUGAUCAGAUGUUAGAAUGCGUCUGUAGUUAAAAGUGUUCAUUUCGUGUAAAACUCAGUGUAGGAAUUGCUGCUGUGAUCUAAACCCAAGAAUAAAGUAAUUAGCAUGAGUUCAUACUUCGCGAAUUAUAUGCCGGACAUGCGAAAUGGUGGUGUAGUGUCAGCGGAACACCAUCAGCAGCACUAUGGAGCGGCCGUGCAAGUGCCACAAGGCGGCGGAGCCGUCCAAACGGACCCAAACCCCUGCGCCGGAGACCCAUCCGUGGUGGGCCUGCGACAGGGCGUACCCCCGCACCACUAUGGUGGUCCCCCGGCUGCAGGCCAGCCGCCCCAGGGCAUGGCCCCUUACCCCCGAUUCCCCCCCUACGACCGCAUGGACAUCAGAAACGCCGGCUACUACGGCGCCCAACAACCCCAAAUGGAGGGCCAGGGCUACCGGCCCGACAGCCCCAACAGCAUGCACAUGGGCGGCACCGCCCCCAACGGACACCAAACACCCGUCGUGUACGCCAGCUGCAAGCUGCAGGCGGCGGCGGUGACGCAGAACGGGGUUUUGGGACCGACCGGCAGUCCGCCCCUCGACUCCCAGACCAUGAACAACCACCACAUGGGGCACCACAUGCAGGAGCAACAUCCCCAGCACCAGCAGCAGCACCACCAGCAAAUGAUGUACGGCGGCCAGCACAACAACAUGCAUCAGCAGGCUGCGCCGCAUCAGCAACCUCCCCUGCAGCAGCAGCCGCAAGGCCAACAACCUCCAAACAACAACGCCUCGGCGUUACCUAGUCCGCUCUAUCCUUGGAUGAGAAGUCAAUUUGAGAGGAAAAGGGGCCGACAGACCUACACGAGGUACCAGACGCUGGAGCUGGAGAAGGAGUUCCACUUCAACCGGUACCUGACGCGGCGGCGAAGGAUCGAGAUCGCGCACGCGCUGUGCCUGACGGAGCGACAGAUCAAGAUUUGGUUCCAGAACCGUCGGAUGAAGUGGAAAAAGGAGAACAAGACCAAGGGCGAGGGCGGCUCAGAGGGCGGCGGCGACGACAUCAGUCCGCAGGGAUCGCCGCAGUAGAGGGUCUCCGGUGUCGGAGACGGAACCCAUGUACCUAAAAUCAUAUUUUAGUCAUUUUUUGAUGCAUUUGCUCUCUCUGAGGAUCGCUACCGUCCGAUGGGAGGCGACGUGCCCAACUUUCGGCAGGAAAUCUCUCCAAAUUCACCCCCCUACAACCACAAUGACCUCUCAACAAGUCCCUUGUGUAUAACUAAAGUCGAUAUAAUUAGUUACGAAGUGAAGAGACGCGGUUAUAUUUCGAUUUUUAUAUAUUUAUUUAUGUAUUGUAGAUAAAAUAGAAUUUUUUUUUAUUGAUUUUAUUAUUGUUGCGCAAGUUUUUUGGACUCGGAGAACUCUUCAAAUUACAGAGGCCAGUGCAAUGUGCAAUUCAGUGAUGCAGAUAUUGGACUGCCGCAAUUUAGUGAAAGAAAAAAAAACUAUACCGGUUAAAAUUUUUGUAUAAAUAUUUUAUAUAUACACCUACUAAAAUAUUUUAAACAUUAGUGGUCAUUAAAAUUUAAUUGAGGACCCUCUGGAAUAAUAAGGUCAGUGACUGGCAUUUUGUUUUUAAAAUGUGUAUGUCGCCAUGUGAAAAAUUGCAAGUUACGUGGAAUCUUUUGAACAUAUUUUCUAAAUCUUUAUAAGAAUUUCUUCCAGGUAACUUGUACCCAUUAGACUAUUUAAAUAUUCAUGACUUGUUUUUCGAAACUAGCUCCACGGACCCGCAAAAUUAACACUACACAACACACCGAACAAACACACAACAUUAAAAGCUCUAAAAUUAAUUAAACAAUUAAUCCAACCUCCCCCUCAAAAAAAUAAAAGAAGUUGUUGAGUACUAAUUUUGCUUGUUGUUCGUCGUAGUUUUGGAAGACAGGGUAAUUCGGAAAGUGUACCGUAGAAUUUGAUUACUUGAAAAAUGUAGAUAUUUCGAUUGUAUAUGUAUAUUUGGUUAAAAAAAGAUACACUAUAAGUAAGAAUUUGUAAAUAUCUCCGGUUAAAGAAAAAAAAAAAGGAUAUGAAAUAUACGAUAUACUUAAAAUUAUGCACUUUCAUGCCAAAGCUAGAAGUAAUGUUGUCUAUCCAUGUAGGAGGAGAAAUAAUACUCAGAAUCAAAAAGCAUUGUAAAAUAUUUACUAUUUAAGCAAUGUUAAAAUUCAGAAUUUAAGUUUUGAUUUUUGAGAAAAAAAAGAGAGAUAUUUUGUAUACACUUUAAUUAAAUUGGUAAAUGUGCAACUCAAGUGGAUUCGUUUCCUGUUGGGCUGCAAGUGAUAAUUAAUAACGAAAUACGUAAAACACUGCUACAAAAAGAAGUAUACGUAAUAUUUAAUUAUUUUAUUAUCAAGUCGGGACUAUGUAAAAUGGUUAAACAAAUUAAAUAGGCCUUAUCUUAAUGUAAAAUUGAUACUCACAUACGUUUAUAUAAUUAAAUUAUUAUUAUUAUUAUUACAAUUACGUCCCUAUUUAGAUUGUUUGAUCGUUUGAGAUAUUUAUACUCUAAAUUUUAGGGAAAUCUUGCAGUGUUAGAUCUUUGGGUGGAAGUUCGGUAAAUGUGAUUCCUGAUUAACUCAUUUUGUAGCAAAAACUUUUUCACCUUUUUAUCAAAAUUAAAGAUCUAACUAACUUAAAAAUAAAACGUAAAUUUCAAAAUUGUAAAUAUAAAUUUAAUAUAAAAGUUUGAUCUUCAUCCUAUGUACGACACAAUGCUUUAAAUAUCGACUAUGUACUAAAAUUUACUCAUGAUUAUCGAACUUUUACUUGAACUGUACUUGUACCUAUAUGGAUAAAUUCAAAUUAGAGUAUAGUAAAUUCAUUGUGCUGUGGUGUAAUAUUUUAGACAUAGGAAGUACUAAGUUUGACAGAAAAUCACUAAGUUCAUUCACGAAGUCGAAUUGUUUUUAAUAUUAUUUUGUAAAUUUGAAAUUUGAGAUUAUUGUAAUAUAAAUUAUUAUUAUUUUAAAUCUAACUACAUAUAUAUAAAUUAUGUUUUUGAUUUUAUUAAUUUAAUUCUUCGGAUUUCUGUCUUGUGAAUUUAAACUUAUAUAAAUAUAUAUAUACAUAACGUACAUAUAAUUAAUAUAUGUAUAAAUAAAUAUUAUUGUAAAUUUA